AUGGAGGGAGAUUGCUGUGCCACGCAACUCAUCUAUGGAGAUGGUGAGUUUAAUGCUGAUGGGCUCGACAACUUCGUCAAGGAAGUGAAGCUUGCUGAGUGUGGACUCUCCUAUGCUGUUGUUGCCAUUAUGGGUCAGAGCAGCGGGAGAAGCACUUUAAUGAACCAUCUGUUCCACACUAAGUUUAGGGAGAUGGACGCAAACAGUGGAAGGAACCAAACAACGAAGGGUAUUUGGAUAGCCAAGUGUGUUGGCAUUGAGCCUUGCACGAUUGCCAUGGAUUUGGAUUUGGAGGGUACUGAUGGCAAGGAGAGAGGCGAGGAUGAUACUGCAUUCGAGAAGCAAAGCGCCAUGUUUGCCCUGACAGUUUCAGACAUUGUGCUGAUAAAUAUGUGUCAAGAAUCAGAUAAAGGUCUCGAGCAAGCUGCAAUGAACCCUUCACUGGAAAUGGUUUUUCAGGUUGUGGUGCACUCAUUCGUCCCCCGUAAAAUGACGUUACUGUUUCUUAUACACACAAAGACCCCGUUUGAAAAUCUGGAGCCUGUUUUGAGGGAAGAUAUACAGAAGCUAUGGGAUGGAGUUCCGAAGCCCCAAGCCCAUAACAGUACCCCCUUCAGUGAUUUCUUUAGUGUAGAAGUAGUUACUUUGUCCAGUUAUGAAGAGGAGGAGGAGAAGUUUAAGGAGGAGGUUGCUCAACUUAGGCAGCGCUUUUUCCAUUCUAUUUCUCCAGGAGGGCUUGCUGGUGAUAGACGGGGUGUUGUUCCUGCCUCAGGAUUUUCCUUUAGUGCACAACAGAUUUGGAAAGUAAUCAAAGAGAACAAGGACCUGGAUCUUCCCGCUCACAAGGUUAUGGUUGCUACUGUUCGAUGUGAAGAGAUCGCCAACCGGAAAUUCAAUCAGUUGAUCUAUGAUGGGGGUUGGUUGGCAUUGAAAGAAGCUGUCCAAACUGGUCCCGUACAAGGUUUUGGUAAAAGGCUCAGCUCCAUUUUAAGCACCAAUCUUUCAGAGUAUGACAUGGAGGCCAUUUACUUUGACGAAGGUGUAAGGAACUCAAAACGACAACUGUUGGAGUCAAAAGCAUUGGAUUUUGUUUACCCUGCGUACACAACCAUGUUGGGACAUGUACAUUCUAAAGUGCUUGAAGAUUUUAAAGUGAGGCUGGAAGAAUUGUUAAACAAAAGAGAAGGAUUUACUUCAUCUCUUCGUACCUGUACUCAGUCUUCCAUGCUUGAGUUUGACAAAGGAUGUGCAGAUGCUGCUAUACAACAAGCUAAUUGGGAUGCUUCAAGAGUUGUUCGCGAAAAACUACAACGUGAUAUAGAUGCACAUGCAUCAUCCGUUUAUAGUGCAAAGUUGUUAGAAUUGAAUGUCAACUAUGAGAAACAACUGUCUGCAUCUUUAAUUGGACCAGUAGAGGCCUUACUUGAAUCUGGUGAAAAAGACACUUGGGCUUCAAUAAGAAAACUUCUUAAUCGUGAAACUGAAGUUGUAGUAUCUGAGUUUUCAUCAACUGUAGUUGCUGAUUUUGAGUUGGACAAAGAAACAAUUGCCAAAAUGUUGCAACAUUUAAGGGAUUACUCACGGAAUGUGGUUGUGAAAAAAGCAAGAGAAGAGGCUGCAAAAAUUAUGAUCCUCAUGAAAGAUCGGUUUUCCACAGUCUUUAAUUAUGAUAGUGAUUCAAUGCCUCGGGUUUGGACUGAGAAAGAAGACAUUAGAAGUAUUACCAAAGAUGCUCACUCUGCGUCUAUGAAGCUUUUGUCGGUCAUGGCUGCUAUCCGCUUGGAGGAGAAGCCAGAUAAUAUUGAAAAAACUCUCUUUUCUUCUCUGAUGGAUGGAACUGUUACUGUUUCAUCUUCACAAGAUAGGGGAAUAGAAGCUUCUGCAUACCCUCUUGCCUCAAACACUUGGGAAGAGGUUUCUUCAGAGGAUACCUUAAUUACUCCCGUGCAGUGCAAGUCCAUGUGGAGACAGUUCAAAACAGAGACUCAGUAUAGUAUCACUCAAGCUAUUUCAGCACAGGAGGCUUACAAGCGGAGUAACAACUGGUUGCCUCCUCCGUGGGCUAUUAUGGCAAUGGCCGUUCUUGCUUUCAACCAAUUUAUGCUCCCACGACUACAAAAAAAGAAAUAG